GAGGCCCUGUCCCGGCAAGCGCCUCCCCAGGGUUUGUCGACCGGUCCGGAGCAUUCGGGUUUUUCCCGGCCUGUCAUGGGCCUUCGGGCCCCUUUGACGUUGGGGUUGCCUGACGGGAUAGGCGGUGUAUAAUCCCCCCAGCAAUGGGGGGGCCGAUAGGGAGGUACUCCCUCCAGGUGCGGCCAGCCGUAAGGCUGAUAAAGUUAUUCUGUAACCACUUGACACGGCUUCGUCAAAUAAUCCAGAAAUGUUUACGGGAAUGAAGCAACGUGCACGGUAGACCACGAACUAGAGACUAGAUUAAAGCGUCGCUUGAUGGGUCGUUCACGUGACGGAUCGAGGCGAUCGUUCGCAGGCUGCGAAAAAUCGAACUCGAACGAAAUCCGCUUAUCCGUUCCAUGAAAUACGCUUAUAAGUCUCACGAAUAUCGUUUAUUCUUAUCCGGGUAGAACGAUGCGACUUAACUGCUUCGGGAUCGCCCUCGUAUUUUUGGAUUUCGGAGAGGUAACGGGGAGGCGCGCCGACGCCAUCUUUCUUUUAGGGGGUUCCGUCGAGUGACCGCAGGAAAGUGAAACGCGGUCCUUAACUAACGAUUCGCGGGUCUCGCGAAAAGAAGUGUAGGAAGUGCUCCGGCUUGGAGAAGAGGAUGUGCGGGAAAUAAUUGGCGGCGUGCGAAUUCAAAUUAUGCCGGACAAAAACACCGGGAGUCGGGAUGGGGCUCGCGACAAGGAUUUCUUCGACAGCGAGAUCUCCUCCAUCGGUAUGUCGCUGCGGCCCAGCGGCAGCGCCUCUUCCGGCAUCUCGAGUCUAGCGAGCUGCGGCGAGGUGGACGCGCUGCCCGAAUUGCCGGCCCAGGACGAGGAGCGACUGCAGCGGGCUGCGAGGCUGCUGCAGCAGAAACUGGUCCUGCGACAAUGGCUGGCCGACCACGGGCUGCACAACCACCACCAGAAACUGAUGCAGAUGGAGGUCGGCUCUUUAGAGGACGUCUACUGGGUCGAGGACAACGCAGCCCGCGCGGCUCUGGGCAAGGACCUUCCCCGGUGGAUGGAGGCCCGACAGAGCCUGCCGACCUCGAAGGAGGACCUCGAGGCCCUAAAGGCCGAGCUCUGGAGCUCCGUGGUAAAGAACAGCCAACAUCAGGAUGCUUGGACCUGGGGUGCGUUCUUGCGCGAUGCGAGUCUCCUCGUGCAACGUGGAAUGCUGGUGGUGUCGGUUUCGGUGGCGGGACUGGUGACCCUGGCUGCGAUGACGCAGCCUGCUCUUGCUCCCGAAGCGAAGCACUCCCUGCUGCAGUACGUUACCGGGAAAUAUUUAUUACCUAGCAAUUGUCGGGUACAUUUCGAGUGGGAGGAGCCGCAGCUCGUCGGGGAGACCAUGACCUUCACCGUUAAGUUCUAUCAGCGCAACGGACAGCCCUAUCCAAUCUGUGACAAAGAUAAUCUAAUAGUGGAGGUGACGGAGGGCACUCGAAGGGUCGCAACGUUGAUAGAAUUAGGAGGGACCGACCCACUGGCUGCUAACACAGCCGUCGUUAAAUUCACCGUACGACACGCCGGGCAAUAUCGAAUCGCGGUCCUAAUUGGUUCUUGUCACGUGCACGGCAGUCCGUUCCUCAAAAACUUCCUUCCUGGACCUCCGGACCCCAACAAGACGGUUUUCGUCAGGCAAAGCUCCACCGUCGUCUGCACGGCUGGCAUCGCUCAUUCCCUGACCAUCGAGCCCAGAGAUGAGUACGACAACCUGUGCAUUUUCGGACCUGGGGACCAACCCACCGAUGGAUACAGUGUCGAUAUAACUCAGAUCGGUAGUCUAGUGAAGGAGGAACCAGAAGCGGUGGAGUGCACCAUCCAGCUGGAUUAUGACUCUCCUAAUCAGAGGAUUCGGUUAAAAGUCAGCUUUCCGAAGGGCGGCUGCUAUCACGCCACGGUUAGCCUAUCGGGACUGCAGUUGCAUAAUGGAGAUUUUGACAUCAUCGUCCUCGAGAGUUUCGUUGUAAGGAUGGUCCACAAUAAUGUCGCCUCGAAAGAUCCCGACAUCUGUUACGCUGCCAAAUUACUCGGCAUGCAGGGCGAACGUUUCUCCAAGCCGAAGAAAGUCAUGUGCUUCAUAUCGCCGAAACAGCUGACGAUCAAGGAGUACUUGUUAAAGUUUAUACCCAAGCGUCUCGUCACUUUCAGACUCUGUCCGUCGACCAAGUUUCACUUCGACUGUUCCAACAACCAGCACGACGGAUACGACUCCUUCUCCAUAGACGACGGUUGUCAGCCGCCCGUCGAAUUAAUUUCACAUUAUCGAGAUGUUAUCGCCGCGACGUUUACCUUGUUCCUGCUGAAGAACAUCGGCGGGAGCGAGACCUUCACCGACAAGCAGGACUUUUUCUACCACGAAGUGCGGAAACACCACCAGAAACAUUACCACGAGAAGCUGUCGAUGAAGGUUCAACGAGACAAGCUUUUGGAGUCGUCCAUGAAGGCCACUAAAGGAUUUUCGGUGAGCGAGUGGUGCAAGAAUUUCGAAAUCACCUUCCAAGGGGAGCAAGGAGUGGAUUGGGGCGGUGUUCGGCGUGAAUGGUUCGAGCUGAUAUGCGCCGCUCUGUUCGAUCCUGGAAAUGGAUUGUUCGCAUCCUUCGGAGAGUCGCAGCAGGCCUUGGUGCAUCCUAACAGUAGAAGACCUCCGCACCUUAAAUUGAAACACUUUGAGUUUGCUGGUCGCAUCGUGGGGAAAUGUCUAUACGAAUCCGCCCUGGGCGGGUCUUAUCGACAAUUGGUGCGUGCUAGGUUCACGAGGUCGUUCCUCGCUCAAAUCAUAGGUCUUAGGGUUCAUUACAAGUAUUUCGAGCAAGACGACCCGGACUUGUACCUUAGCAAAGUUAAGUACAUUCUAGAGAACGACGUCGAAGAAAUGGAAUUGUACUUCGUGGAGGAGGAGUACGACAAGGACGGUCAAUUAUUGAAGGUCGCCGAAUUAAUACCCGGUGGUAGCAAAUUGCGGGUCACGAACGACACGAAGUUGCGAUACUUGGACGCUCUUGCUCAACAUAGGCUAGCAAGUUCGAUUCGUAGCGAAGUCGAUCAGUUCCUUCGUGGUCUUAACGAACUCAUACCUGACAACCUUCUCGGGAUAUUCGACGAGAACGAGCUGGAGUUAUUGCUGUGUGGGACCGGAGAGUACAGCGUCGCGGAUUUACGAGCCCACCACAUAGCGAAUGGCAGCUCCCCGGAGUUCCUUCGGGUUCUGGACUGGUUCUGGACCGCCGUCAGCAACUUCACUCAAGAGGAAAUGGCCCGAUUGUUGCAAUUCACCACCGGCUGUUCCCAACUGCCGCCGGGCGGUUUCCAACAAUUGAGCCCGCGGUUUCAGAUCACGGCAGCGCCUACGUUUGCCAAUCUUCCAACUGCUCAUACUUGUUUUAACCAACUUUGUUUGCCCGAUUACGAGUGCUACGACCAUUUCGAGCGGGCCCUACUUUUGGCGAUCAGCGAAGGAACCGAAGGUUUUGGUAUGAUCUAAUUAAUAACUUCACCGAUGCAUUCGAGAUAAGGUCCUCUAGUCUAAAUCUAGUUGAAAGUAUGAAGGUAAAUUGUGGAAGGGUGCUCCGAUAUCGGGUGGCCAUUUUCCUUAUCAAAUAUGUGCGAACGAACAUUCCGAGUCGGCCUACUUUGUUACGGUCAGUGCUGGGCAGAUUUGCUACUUGACAUUGUGUCAAGGGGAAUUACAAACUACACCUGCGUAUACUUCGGUUGGAUCUGUAAUUUAGAAUAUUUUAUUACUAGCGAGAUUUGUAAUUCCUUCGGGUUAGGCUGUGAUUUGCGAGGAAGGAUUUUGAAUGCCCAGCAGCCUGCAGUCGCCGAAAAUACAGUAUUCGGUUGUCGUAACAAGGUCUACGAAACUUUGUUUAAAGUAGACAAAUCAAGAUUUGUCGGUACCGAGGGUUGGUUAUCGUAACGAUCUGCUCCACGGUUCAAUAUACAGUAGCAAUACUCUAGAACCUAAUCAGAACACCUAAAGACGAAAUACUAUCCUUAAUGAUAUUAAUCCACUUUUAUUUCAUUUUUAUGAUGUUUACACCGUUUCUUUUUCUUAUUGUACUGAUUUCGCGGUAUCACAUGUACAAAAGUAUGGUUCUCCCACUUCUGUUUAAUCAACGUAUAUACGUAAUCACAUGCAUACCAAUUAAUUUUGUAACUACGGGGAGCAAGUCUUAAAGGUUUAAAGUUUAUAGCACGUGAUCGCGAACCGUCCAUGUAUUCGGCAUUGUUGAAAUCAACGCCGGAUGCUCUCGAUUACUAAAUAACGAAUUUUUAUUAUGGGGACUGAAUGAAGGAGGGACCUUCCAUUGCCAAAUACAUGGCUGGUUUAUAUUCUCUAUGGCUUUUCUAGGAAUCUGUAGUAAUAAACCCUGGCAAUAUGCAGUUGACGAAAGCGACAACUUUGCUCGGCGAGGCGAAUCUAGAAACAAUAAUGCAAACUAGAAGUCUCUUAAAUUUAGAGAGCUCAAUAAUAAUAAUAUUGUGAUCGUAUGCAUUACGUUAGCAUAACUUAAAAGUGGAACUUUUCACGUGCCGAUCGAAAUCGGCGAGGUGGACACGAAGGCGUCGAUGUUAUUAAAAGCUGCGCCGAUGGUUAUAAAUUGUUUAACACGUCCCGAUUAAUUUAAACCACCCGGGGUGUAUUUGACAUUGCUUUAAAAGAAGAAGGCACACACGUUGAUUUAUUUGCGCCGCAAGCACGACUGCACAUUUUGCGGUCGAAUUAAAUUUCUUAUUUUUAUCAAAGCGAUGUAGAAAUGUUAACGAUUUAAUAACCAGCGGCGUCGCCGUCACAUAAAUCGGCAAGGCGCAAAAGAAUCAUAGUAGACCUGUACUCUAGGUCCAUAAUCAAAAGCCGAAUCGAACGUCGUAUUUUGAUAGUGAACUGACUAGUGAGUAGCGAAGUACUUAAAACACAGCUGACGAUAGUUUAAUUUUUUCUAAGUUACCACGUGCUACACGGUGGAUGUAAAAAUGUAGUUAGUAUUAAAAACGGACAUGUGGUAUUGCUUAUGUACAUAUGCGAUUAUUUAUCAAUCCUACGUAGUCGAUCAUUUAGAAGUUCCACGUUUAUUUGAUCACCAAGCCGUGGCUUUUGAGACCGCGAUUUAUCGGCACAGAGAAGUGUCAUCAUAGUGGCUCCAGUAAAAUUGCGGCUCGGCGAAUUACUUUUACGAAGACGUAUUGAUUUGUCGACGGUUUGGAUUGCCGGGGCACGAAUGAGAAGUAUUUUUAUGAUAACCGGAAAAUCAGUCUUUUCGACGUGUCAAUCACGCAGCGAGCAAUUUGGCAAAUGCAAUCGAUCGUAUUAUAUUUCGGGUUUGAGUUAGAGUUAAGUGUAUAGAUGAUAAUAUUGAUAAUAAACGAGGAAGUCUA